AUGAAGAAAAAGCAAUGGAAGGAGGAACAACGUGUUCCACCUUUGGACAUGACUUCGUUACCUGUUGUAAAUACGUCUUGGCUCAGUUCAAGUAUCAGAAAUGGCCCAGCCGGUAAUAAUGAUGCUAAUAUUCAGGAAUCGCGGUCAUCUUCACCAGAAGGAAGUAGUUCAGAUUCUUCUCUGAAUCGUUCAUCUCAUAGUGUGAUUUCACAUGGUGCCAACGUGAGAAAUAGCGUCCACGUCGGUAAUAAUUCUUCAGGAGAAAAGCAAAUGCUGUUGGGAACAGAGUGUGUUGUUUGUGGUGACAAAUCAAGUGGCAAGCAUUACGGGCAAUUUUCUUGUGAAGGGUGCAAAUCGUUCUUCAAAAGAUCAAUUAGACGAAGUCUUAAUUAUACUUGUCGUGGUUCGAAGAAUUGUCCAGUGGAUGUGAAUCAUCGUAACCAGUGUCAAUAUUGUCGUUUAAAAAAAUGCGAAAGAAUGGGAAUGCGCAAAGAAGGUUUGUUAAUUAUUAAUUUUGGCAAAUUAAUUAGUACAGUUCAACGUGGGAGAAUACCAGCAAAUAUGACAAACACGUUUUCAUCGUCAGUUCUGUUCAGUGAACGAUUGAUGACAGUCACAAAUCAACCGAUUAAUUCGAACUUUUCAACUAUUGUAACGCAUUUAAUUCAAGCUGAACCUUACCCAUUCACAAUUAACUGCAGUUCACAGCCUCCAUCAAUCGGAAUGGACAAUAUUUAUGAAUUUGGCGCAAAGUUAUUAUUUUCUGCUGUAGAAUGGGCCAAAAAUAUUCCGUUUUUUAUUGAGCUCAAUGAUACUGAUCAACUAACAUUACUACGAUCAAGUUGGGCUGAGUUAUUUGUGAUUAAUGCGGCACAGUUUGGAAUGCCUGUACACGUGGCUCCAUUACUUGCAGCUUCAGGUCUUCACGCUUCUCCUCCGUUACCGCCUGAACAACUUGUGAUAUUCAUGGAUCGUAUACGUAUUUUUCAGAGUCAAAUUGAACGCUUGAAAGCACUGCAGAUGGAUCCAGCCGAAUUUUGCUGUUUAAAAGCAACUAUACUAUUUAGUGUUGAUUGUUGUCGGCUAAAUGACGUUUUACGUGUAGAAACAGUGCAAGAAAAGAUUCAACUGGCAUUGGAGGAAUAUUGUCGAACGCAAAAGCAACUUCAGGUUGGACGUUUUGGCCGUUUAUUACUGCGAUUGCCAAGCCUAAAAGUGAUUAGUGCAUCUGUGAUCGAGCAAUUAUUCUUUGUGAAGUUAGUGGGUGAGACUCCGAUUGAAUUUCUUCUCAGGGACAUGCUUUCAGCCCAAAGUGAUAACGUUAUCAAGCCAUUCGCUUGGCCUUAUCAGUUAAGAUCUUGA